UUUGCCAUAUGUUCUAGAAAGACUUCAAAUUGAAAAGGGACAGAGGAAGACACUAACUUUUGGAGUUUGACCUCUGAUGGACGGUUCUCGACCAAGAGCGCCUUUCAAAUGCCGCAACCUCCAGGUUCCAGCAGUGAGCAACGAUGGUGGAAGGCGAUUUCGCAACUUCAGGUUCCGGAGAGGAUUCGGUGCUUCAUCUGGCUACUAGCGCAGGGGAGAAUUAGUUUGAAUGAACAGAAGAGGAAACGACAUUUAACGCAGGAUGAAUCCUGCUACCGAUGUCCCUCCCAAGCGAAAUCUCGUCUGCACAUCUUCAGGGACUGCCCUCCGACAGCUUAUCUGUGGAAUCGCUUGACCCGGACAGACUCACAGUACGAGUUUUUUAGCUGCCAAUGGGAUGUUUGGCUGAAGAGGAACAUUAUGAAUGAAGAAGCUUCAGUGGCGGACCUCCCCUGGCAGGUAUUCUUUAGUGUGGCGUUGUGGUGCAUUUGGAAGAACAAGAAUGAGGGCACUUUUAAUGGUAUUAGCAAAUCCUUGUCGGCCCCUUCUUUGUUGCAAACUAUACGAAUUAAAGCUGAGAUGUGGUUUCGGGCCUGGAAUGCUCCAAGGCUGACAGUUGGGCGGACCAACCCUCUCCCCAUGCGAAUUAAUGCUGAAAUUGGGUGGAAGGCACCACCGUCCGGCUGGCGGAAAUUGAACGUUGAUGGGGCUGCUAACCAGAAUCUGGGAAUCGCUGGGGCGGGAGGAGUGUUGGGAGAUGACAGCAGCACUUGGAUAGGAGGUUUCGUCUCCAGCCUGGGCUCGUGUACAGCAACCAUGGCAGAGCUCUGGGCUAUCUACCAUGGGCUCUGAAUGGCGUGGAACAACGGAUGUAGAGCCCUCAUUGUAGAGACUGAUUCACAAUUGGCCAUUCAACUGGUGAACCACAGGACUGACCCUCUUCACCCUUGUGCUGCUCUCCUUACAGCUAUUAGGCGGAAGAUUGCUCAAGAUUGGGUGGUGCAUUUAGUUCAUAUAUACAGAGAAGGGAAUAGAUUCGCGGACUGGCUCUCGAAGCACAGUCUCGUCUAUACCUACGGUAUGUAUGAGCUAGAAACACCCCCGAAUGAGCUUUUCCCUAUCUUGCAGGAUGAUCACAGAGGCCUCACUUGUACUAGAAGUAUUGUAGCUUCUUCCUCCUCUGCUCCUUGGUAACCUCUCUCUCCCCUUUGUUUCUUCCUUCUUUGGCCUUGUGCCUCCUUAUAUGCCAAAAAAAAUCGAAAAGGGACAGAGUAAAUACCCAACUUCGGA